AUGAAUCCCCACGGCCGUAACUUUGGGCGUGGUGAUGCUGGUGGAGCGGCCGGCAGGGCCGGUGGACAUGGGUUUCAGGAAGAGAAUUGGGAGGCCGGUCCUAGCAAUUAUCAAAGGGGACCUAGGUAUGGCUUUGGUGCAAAUCAGAGAUGGAACAACAACAACAAUGCUGUUCGCGGGGGUUACCAGAACCGUGCUACUUCACAUGGUGGAGUGGCGCGUGGUGGUUUUGAUGCAGACUUACUUCAACAAACAGUGCAAGCGGUGGUAGCAGCAGUGACUGCGGCGCAGAAGGUGCCAGAGGCUGCUGGUAUGGCUCAGGUGCAAGCUCCUCCACCGUUAGAGAAUGUGACUGCUAACCGUGAGGAGGUGGUGCCGGUUGCGGCGCCCACUGUUGGUCAGCAGCAAACGGUGGUUGCACCACAGGAGGGGGCUGUUCCCCAGGUUGUUGCAACAAAGGGAAAGGAGGUUGAGGGGCCGGGCCCUUCAAAGAAGAAGAAAGAAGAAAAGUCAAGUUGUUUCAGGUGCAAACAGCCAGGACACUAUAUAGAUGAUUGUCCUACACCCUUUUGUGAUCUAUGUGAGUCUGUUAAUCAUACCACUGCUUCUUGUCAUCUUUUACAUGCACCUAAGCCCACUACGAUAUUACAUGGUUAUGCUAAUGAAGGCCUCAUGUUUUUUGAGUUAUCCUGUGGAACUUUUAAAGCCAAAGUAGAAAAUCCUAAAUUAGCUAAGGUGACUGUUGAUGGGGAUGCCAUGACUAUUCCAGAGAUUAUAGAACAUAUGAAAAAAAUAGUUCCCCAUGAGAAAUUUAAUUGGGAGGUUUUCCAUCUCAAAGAUAAUAUUUUUAGAGUCAAAUUGCCUAGCAAGCAGGAAGUGCAGAGAUUGAAGAACUUUGGUACUUACAUUUGCACAGACAGGGAAUCCUGUCUCUCUUUUGAUGUUUGGUCAGUUCUAGAGGAUCCUCUUUAUAUGCUGCCAGAGGUUUGGGUCAGAGUCUCAGGGUUGCCUUCUGAUGUGAUUACAGAUUAUUUGUCUCUAUGGGGAGUAGGUACUCUGUUUGGGAAAACAUUGGAUGUGGAUAUGGCAUACACUCGCAAGAACAAAGUUUUACGCAUUAAAAUUGGAUGUUUGGAUAGUAGACUUAUUCCUGCUGAUAGUGAUAUGUUCAUUAGGAGGGGUUUUUUCAAACUCAAAUUUGAAGUGGAGAAUGCUCAGGGGGCCCAAGAGGAUAACACGAUUCAGGGUAAUAAUGGUAAUGAUGGUAGUGGUGAUGCUAAAGAUGGUGAAGGGAAUAAUGGGGAUGACAGUGCUAUGGACAUGGACCCUAAGAAAAACGAGGCCGAGGAUUUAUCGAGUAACAAAGGGUCUGUUGAAUCUAAGGGGGCUAAUGGAGGAGAUGGGAUGCAAGAGCAAAUUGAGCAUUUUGAGGCCAUUCAAAUUGGUUCAAUAAGUCUCAAAUAUUCUCCUUCAGAUUGUAUGCAUGGAGGAUCUGCCUCGGGAUUGGCCCCAGUCAGACCUCGGGAUCAGCGCUUGGCUUUCACUGUGCAGGACAGCUUCUCUGCGCAGGGCUCCCCGACCGAGCAGGCGAGACAGUCCGAUGGCAGCCGUUCGCGGCGCGAUACGUCGGGGUCGCCGACUGGGUGCGGCACAGCGACGCGGGACCGGCUGUCGUCUGGCCAGCCGUUUGCUGCCGCGUGUCCGUCGGCUGCUGGCGGGAGCACACCAAGUGGGCUGCCACCCUGA